UGGGAAGAGGAGUGGGGUCAGAGAUUAGUGUCCUGGGAGUCAGGACUCGGGUUCUGUUCUUGCCUCUGCCCAUUUAACCCUAGGGCACGUUGCUUCUUCACUCCUUGCCUCAGUUUCCCUGUAUGUAAAGUGAGGCUAACCCUGCCCAUAAGCAGAGUGGGGAUUGCAAGGGUUGGUCAUGCACAAUGCCUGUAGAUCAGUGGUUCUCAACCUUUCCAGACUACUGUACCCCUUUCAGGAGUCAAGCCCAAGCCCCGCUACCUGGGGUUCAAGCCUGAGCUGUGCUGCCCGGGGCUGAAGCAUGUAAUGUAGCUUUACAGGCUCCCCCUAAUGCCGGCCCUGCACUUGCAAAACUCCUAAACCCUGGCCUGUGACCCCUCGCGCGGGGGGGACUGUGCCAGGUUGAGAAACACCGAUCCAGAUGAGUUGACAUACCCCCUGGAAGAUCUCUGCAUUCCCCCAGGAUUCCAGGUGGGGGACCCAGAAGACUGGACCUUCCAGCCAUCGCAGGCCCCUUUUUUGAGAUGGAGGAGCCAUACGCCAAGAUCCUGGCGCUGGAGACAUUUCAUGUAGAGCAGGUUCCACCAACUGUCUAUUAUGUUCCAAACUUCAUCUCGGAGUUGGAGGAGACCUAUCUGCUGCACCAGGUUUAUGCUGCCCCCAAACCCAAGUGGACCCAGCUGUCUGGAAGAAAGCUGCAGAACUGGGGAGGGCUGCCCCACCCCAAAGGGAUGGUACCGGAGAAGCUGCCCGCCUGGCUGCAGGGCUAUGCCAAGAAGAUCUCCUCCCUCGGAGCGUUUGGAGGGAAGCUGGCGAACCACGUACUGGUGAACGAGUACCUCCCUGGGCAGGGGAUCAUGCCUCAUGAAGACGGACCUCUGUACUUCCCCACCGUCACCACCAUCAGCCUGGGAUCACACACGCUGCUGGACUUCUACCAUCCCGUCAGCAGGGGGCAGCACGCGGACAGCGAGCAGGUCCCUGCGCUCCAGACAGAGGAGCAGCGCCACUUCCUGUCCCUGCUGCUGGAGCCGCGCAGCCUCCUGGCCCUGCGGGAGGACAUGUACGUCCGUUACCUGCACGGGAUCCGACCCGCCACCUCCGACACCGUCACGGAGAAAGUGGCCAACGUGGCGGCCUGCAGCGUGGCGCUCGGGGACGAGCUGCGCCGGGGAACCCGGGUGUCGCUCACCAUCCGCCACGUCCCCAAGGUGCUGAAAACGGCCAUUUUCCUGGGCAAGGGGAAGUGAAGGGAGGAGUUUGCUUCCCUCUCUCCCACCCAGGCUCUUGCCUGACAACGGUGCUGUGAAAUGCACAGUUAACGAGGGGGUCGGGAGGCCCGGACAUGGACACCCCAUCCUGUGGUGCGCUGGGAGAACGGGAAGAGCUGAGCCCGAGAGCGUCUCACCUGCACGGGAGGAGAAGAGCAGCCUCUGGGGUCAUCUGUACGAAAGUGCAGAGACUUGGACAGGAUGCAGCGUGGUCUAGCGGUUAGAGCGAGAGGCCAGGGUGUCAGGACUCCUGGGUUCUAUUCCUGGCUCUGGGAGGGGAGUGCGGGGCCUAGUGGUUAGAGCAGCAAGGCUGGGAGCCAGCACUCCUGGGUUCUGUUCCCAGUUCUGGGAGGGGAGUGAGGGUCUGGUGGUUAGAGCAGGGGGGCUGGGAGCCAGAACUCCUGGCUUCCUACUCCCCGCUCUUGCUCCUGCCUCACUGUGUGACCUUAAAGGACUCUCCCUCCACCUCCCAGUGCCUUAGUUUCCCUGGCUGUGACGUGGCAGGGGUUGCUAUCCGUUGGCAAAGCACCCUGAGCACUGCAGAAGCACGCGGCGGGCUCGCCUGCUCCUACCUGUGUUCAAACACAUUCAUUGAAACUCGGUGAACUCUAAUAAAGGCAGGGGCGGGUCAUUCCACCUCGCUGGUGGCUCCUUGCUGCUGCUUGAGGAAUC